AUGGAGCAGAUAGCUGCGUACAUCUCGCUAUUCGGCGUCGUCUUGAUCGCAAGACCCGUCUCUUUAUUCUCUGCGCUAUCGCAUUCCAGCGACCCGGUCCCACCUGCCUCCGGGGGCUUGGACGCCAUUCCGUCAAACGGCACUGCGACUUCGCCGGAUCGUCUCGCUGCGGACUACGACGAUGUGACACCCACGCAACGAGCAGCAGCCCAAUUCCUCCUAGCCGCCGGCCUACAAUACGAGAAAUCUUCUCGCGCAACGAACAUGCUCUACAUGCAGAUGUUUUUCGCGCUUGGUUUCGACAAAUUGAUCUGGGGCACUACGCCGAGUGCUUUGUCCAUUGUUGGGUCGUCGCUCAUCCUUGGCUCAGCUAUAUACGUCGCGAUGAACAAGGAGGAGCCGAAGAAGAACGUUGAACCAGUGGAUCGUGGAGACAGCGAGGAAGAAAGGGGUUUGAUGUCGCCAGUUUAUGACGUCGAACGAAGGGAUGAUGAUGACGCCGAUAUACAGAUGCGACCACUGAGAUGA